UACAGUAACCCUCUAAUAGAGGUGUGGGGGGGGGGGUAAACGACCGGUCCACAAGACAUCGUUAGGUUAGUUAUUGAGAAACCGUGAUGGAGGAACACCUGACUAACAUCCAUCCUUCCUCGUCUCCGAGUGACUCUUCAGGGAGCAGUGGCACCGACUGUGACAGCAGAGGAGCAAAGAGUCCAGCCCCGGGUAAAGCCCUGAGUCCAGCCCCGGGUAAAGCCCUGAGUCCAGCCCUGCUCUGUAAGGUCUGUGGGGACACCAGCAGUGGAAAACACUACGGCAUCUACGCCUGCAACGGCUGCAGCGGGUUCUUCAAACGCAGCGUCCGAAGGAGACUCAUAUACAGGUGUCAGGCUGGUACAGGCAUGUGCCCAGUGGAUAAGGCCCAUCGUAACCAGUGCCAAGCCUGUCGGCUGAAGAAGUGCCUACAGGCGGGCAUGAACAAAGAUGCUGUCCAGAACGAGCGGCAGCCCCGCAGCACGUCUCAGGUGCGUCUGGACUCCAUCGACGUGGACACGGACAAGGAGCAUCUCUCAAUCAGCUCGUCGUCCGCCCCACCGCAGCGCUGUGCACCCCCCAGCCCACAGAACAACCACCGCUUCAUGGUCAGCCUCAUGACCGCUGAGACCUGCGCUAAACUGGAGCCUGAGGAUGUUGAUGAGAACAUUGAUGUGACCAGUAACGAGCCAGAGAGGGAGUCCUCAGAUUACCACAUGUCCCUGUACCCUUCCAGUACAGAGAAUGUAUACGAGACGUCAGCCCGGCUUCUCUUCAUGUCUGUUAAAUGGGCCAAGAACCUGCCAGUGUUCUCCAAUCUCCCAUUCAGAGACCAGGUAAUCCUGCUGGAGGAGGCAUGGUCUGAACUCUUCCUGCUGUGUGCCAUCCAGUGGUCUCUCCCCCUGGACAGCUGUCCUCUGCUGUCCCUCCCCGACCUGUCCCCCCCAACCAUGCAGAGCAAGACAUCCUACACCAGUGUGGACCUGCGUCUGCUCCAGGAGGUCUUCAGUAGGUUCAAAGCCCUGGUCGUAGACCCCACUGAGUUUGCCUGCCUCAAGGCCAUCGUCCUCUUCAAACCAGAGACCCGAGGUCUGAAGGACCCGGAGCAGGUCGAGAACCUACAGGAUCAGUCCCAGGUGAUGUUGGGACAACACAUCAGAUCACAUUACUCCAGUCAGCCUGCCAGGUAG